GCGCAGGCUCGCGUACGCGUAUCGUCUCUUUUGUUUCGUUCCUUUGAAUGUGUCGUCGUGGAAAAUCCUCGUGUGAUAUACGCAGGUACAAACACCAAGAGUUUUACAAAGAUAGGGAAAGAAAGAGAGAUAGAACGAGUAAGAAGUUCGUAACUUGUUCGGAUACCAUUCGGCUUUUUCCGCGUUUAAACGAGAAAUCCUCCUCGACCGAUGUAAUAUUUACCAAAGGAUCGACGCUAGUGGAUUAUUCGAUUGAAAAAUGUUUGUAUGUAAUUUGAAUAAAACUCCAAUAUCGAUAGGUCUCUGGUGAUACAGUGUAUACGUUGGGUAUGUUUAUAUGUAUGUAUAUGUGUGUGUGUGUGUGUAUGUGUGUGUGCGUGAGUGCCUUUUUGUACGCGUCCCCGUGUGAAUGCAAAGAAGAAAAGGUGUAUUUUUUAGUGUGGAAAAAAUAAAAGGGAAUAAGUGGGCGGGAAAUUUGAAUUUAAACAAAAUUUAUCGAUCACGGCGACGAGGAAAGAAUCGAUACAAAUUUAAUAUCAAACUGUGUUUUAAUCGAACGACGGACGGACGAACGAUGCUUUUGAAGAGAAUAACGAAGAGAAAUGUUAGUGGAAUGAAAGGAAACAACAACGUUGAGAGACCGUCGUGCGACCGCGUUCCCUUGCGAUCGAUGAAGAAUACUAACACCAAUAUCAACACCAACACCAACGCGUUUAGUAGCGUUGUACCACGGUGAAGAGCGAGUACCUGACAACCUAUACACAUAUACGAACGUUUUCUUGUAGCUUCGUUUGUUACAGGGACAUUCAAGAAUAAAAAAGAAAGUAAUUAUAUUAAAAAAAAAAAAACACACACACACACACACACAAAAAGAGAAGGAAUAAAAAGAUGUCAGCGAUCAAUAGAGGGAGUAAUGAUCGAGAUCGAUCUUGUCCGAUCGAGAGGCGACUUGGACGAUGAGGAAAAAUCGACAAACAUUCAUUAAUAUUAUUCUCGUAACUACUACUACUCCUACUUCUUUAACUGCUAUUACUAUUAUUAAAAGAAGAAGGACGAAGAGGAGAAAGAUAAGAAGAAUAAGAAGGACGAGGUGGGAGUUUGAGGGAAGUUUGCGAGCGCCAUCUUGACGAAAUAGAGAAGAGAGGCGAGGCGCGAUGGCGGUACUCGAUCGUUGAUCGACGAGAGCCGCGGGCGAUUCGAUCUUCCUUCUCGUCGAUCGAACGUCCCCCGUCCUCUCUCUCUCUCUUUAUUUACUUGUUUUUACUUUUUUUUCCAUUUAUCCUCCCGGAAGAGAAGAGAGUAAAAGCUUAUAUCUAACAACAACAAUCCAUAUACACAAGACACUGCGACAAUAAAGAAGACAACGGCGUACCAACCAUACUUUAACCGGAUACGUCGAUCUCUCGCUUUAUUUUUUUCCUUCCUUACCUUCUCAUAUUUUAUAUUUUUAUUUUAUUCCCUUCGAGAGAGAGAGAGAGAGAGAGAGAGAGGGAGAGAGAGAGAGAAAACCAACCUCGAGGAGUGGGCAUUUUUAUUUUUAGCAGUUUGCCGGUUCUCUCUCAAGCAUCGUCGCAAAAACCGGUUCCUCUCGGGUACCACUGCUCUCCGAGAAAGCACGAGGAACUGGAAGAGAGAGUGACAGAGAAAGAGAGAUACGAGUCCAGUAUACACUUCAAGAGUCUAAAGAGAGAGAGAGAGAGAGAGAGAGAGAGAGAACGUGGAAUUUGCUCGUGUCCCAAUAUAUAUAGUCGCCAACACCGUUUUCACGUUGCUCUGUGCGUAUAUUUAUAUAUAAAUACAUGUGCACAAGAUCGUUGUGCUAAGACUAUCAGUCUUUCUCUCUUUGUAGCUUCUAUUAUCACUUAUGAAUUAUUUGUUUCUCUCACUCUCUGUUGCAUAGACACAUGCGCGAAUACACCUCUAAUCUUCUACGUUAUCGAUCGCUCAUGCACAUGACGGAUUUAUAAUCUACCUGGUUAUAUCCACAUAGACGCACAAUUACAAUUAACAAAUAUUUGGAUUAUUUAAAAUAAGAAAGAAAUAAGAGAGAUAGGAUAAAGGAAAAAGGGGGGAUGAUAUGAAGAAUGGCAACCGAUUCGAGCAACAACGAGAACAACAAUCGUCAUCAAGGGGUCAGAGCUGUCGCCACGACGACAACCGAUCCAAGACGUAACGAAAAACGCGCCGUGGCUGCUCGAGGUGCUGCUGGAGCACUUGCUCUCAGUGUAUUGGCUGUCGUACUCCAAUCAGCUGCCACUGCCACCCCACACUGGGGAUACUUCAAUAAUCCGGAUGCUGGUUCAGCCGCAGAGAGUGGUUAUUUUGGACCAUGGAGACAAUGUAAGAUACUUUUAUAUCAACGAGAAAGAUGUGGCCAAGGUGUAUCAAGGUUUCAACCAGUCUUGGCUGUGUGGGUUGCUGGAUUGGCUGCCGCUGCUGCCUCCGCGUUACUCGCUCUAUUGGUUGGCCUUGCCGUACUUCAACUCGCCAUGGCCUCAUCAGCAAAGAAGGUUGUCAUUUCGUAUAGCACUGCCCUUAUCGGCAAGGUCGCCUUAGCAACCUUGGCAACGUCAUUGGCCAUCGUAGCUGCGAGUUUAUUUGCUUUGCAAACGGAUGACAGAGCAAACAGUUUUGUUAUCACAAGAGGAGAGGCUUUUUAUAUGCAGUUAGCAGCCAUUGCCUUGAACUUUGGCGUACUCGUUUCUGCUGUUUACGAGGGAAUUUACGCCAGAAGGGGUGGCGACCCUACAAAGAUAAGGGCCAUCCCUGAUCCUCGAGCAGCUACCAUAAAUAAUCCAGGAUAUCGAGAACACCAUCGACCGACAAAUGGUGGUAGUAUUUCAAUGACGGAUGCAAGUGGUAAACCAUAUGUAGGAGGUGAUGCCGGAAAUGGUUCGAUGGCAUCCGUUGCAACGUCAGGAAGUGCAACUAGUGCUGCAUCUCCUUUGAGAAGUUCAUUGAAGAAGCCAAAACCUCUAGGAAUUCAUAAUCCAGGAUUUUCAGCGCAUAGUCCGACGUUGUCGAGGAAUGGUUCGCAAAAGAAGGUUCGUAUUCAAACGCAUUCAACAGAAGUCUAAAGAGAACAACGUUAUUUGAGUUUUCUUCUUGACAAGCAACUAAAUUAAUUCGUCCAUGAAGAAGAAGAAGAAGAAAAAGAAGAAGAAGAAGAAGAAAACGAAAUAAAAACAAACAAAAAAACUGUG